AUGCGGCGGUCAACGUGCGGGGGCGGGGGGCGCGAUGCGGCGGUCAACGUGCGGGGGCGGGGGGCGCGAUGCGGCGGUCAACGUGCGGGGGCGGGGGGCGCGAUGCGGCGGUCAACGUGCGGGGGCGGGGGGCGCGAUGCGGCGGUCAACGUGCGGGGGCGGGGGGCGCGAUGCGGCGGUCAACGUGCGGGGGCGGGGGGCGCGAUGCGGCGGUCAACGUGCGGGGGCGGGGGGCGCGAUGCGGCGGUCAACGUGCGGGGGCGGGGGGCGCGAUGCGGCGGUCAACGUGCGGGGGCGGGGGGCCGCGAUGCGGCGGUCAACGUGCGGGGGCGGGGGCCGCGAUGCGGCGGUCAACGUGCGGGGGCGGGGGGCGCGAUGCGGCGGUCAACGUGCGGGGGCGGGGGGCGCGAUGCGGCGGUCAACGUGCGGGGGCGGGGGGCGCGAUGCGGCGGUCAACGUGCGGGGGCGGGGGGCGCGAUGCGGCGGUCAACGUGCGGGGGCGGGGGGCGCGAUGCGGCGGUCAACGUGCGGGGGCGGGGGGCGCGAUGCGGCGGUCAACGUGCGGGGGCGGGGGGCGCGAUGCGGCGGUCAACGUGCGGGGGCGGGGGGCGCGAUGCGGCGGUCAACGUGCGGGGGCGGGGGGCGCGAUGCGGCGGUCAACGUGCGGGGGCGGGGGGCGCGAUGCGGCGGUCAACGUGCGGGGGCGGGGGGCGCGAUGCGGCGGUCAACGUGCGGGGGCGGGGGGCGCGAUGCGGCGGUCAACGUGCGGGGGCGGGGGGCGCGAUGCGGCGGUCAACGUGCGGGGGCGGGGGGCGCGAUGCGGCGGUCAACGUGCGGGGGCGGGGGGCGCGAUGCGGCGGUCAACGUGCGGGGGCGGGGGGCGCGAUGCGGCGGUCAACGUGCGGGGGCGGGGGGCGCGAUGCGGCGGUCAACGUGCGGGGGCGGGGGGCGCGAUGCGGCGGUCAACGUGCGGGGGCGGGGGGCGCGAUGCGGCGGUCAACGUGCGGGGGCGGGGGGCGCGAUGCGGCGGUCAACGUGCGGGGGCGGGGGGCGCGAUGCGGCGGUCAACGUGCGGGGGCGGGGGGCGCGAUGCGGCGGUCAACGUGCGAGGGAUAA